CUAGUCCCAGAUUUGAUGGGGGAGGUUUGGAGUAGCACGGACUACUGUUGUUGAACACACGUUUCCACCAGGAAUAGUCUUUAUACUUUUUUUUAUAGAAUCCCUUUUGGGUGCCCUUCUGUGUUUUAACACAAGGUUUUCCUUUCAUGGGCGACUUUUGGGAAACUUUGCCGGGGAUUCUUUUUGCCGGUGGUGAGCGGAAUGUUUCAUGGUGAGUAAAGGGGAUGUGAUCAAUGGACGACCGAGCCACGAAAGUUAGCCAACGGUGCUUGCGUUAAAAGAAGAAUUCAGAAUUCGGUCCAUCGCAUUAUCUACAUUUGCUUUUCACAUUUGGGACAUUUUCCGCUUUUUUACGUUCCGUAAUAGGGGGCGUAAGUUGUUUCCACCCCUCAGUUUGGGGGAAGUUUUCUCUAAACAUUCCAUAGUUGGAUCGAAGUGGAGCUCCCUCAUUACGACUGGAUAGUGGAUAUACUCUUUUGGACAAGUUUUUCUGCAAUCCAAUUCCAGCUGCGGAGUGUUUUUCCUCAAACCAACGCUGGCUGUCUCGCAGCAGCCCCCCGCCAGUAAGUUCAAAUCUGUCAAUGACCUGUUGCUGUCAGGUUCUGAAUGGAGUUCCAGUCGUCGAGAAGCCAACAGUUGUAGCUCCCUCAACAGGAUGCUGAGGAGGCCAAGUGUACUUCUGUUUCUGGCUCUCUUUGCCCAGGUUUUAAGGACACAGUGCCGUCCUGCCAACCUUGAUGAAGUCUCCACAGAAACACAAGCAGAACUUUUCACCCUUUAUCUCGGGGGUCGUUUGGACCUAAGCUGCUCCACCAAGGAUUCCCUUCAUUCUGUCAACUGGACUAAAGACCAUGUGGUCAUCUUGGAUGGAGAACACACACGUAUCCGCAAUGGUCAGCUGGAGAUUGAGACAGUGGAGAUGGCAGAUUCCGGCCUGUAUGCAUGCACGACCUUUGGCAACCAAAGCAUCUUUUUUAAUGUCACAGUCGAUACUCUGGCCUCAUCUGAGGACGACGAUGAGGACGAAGAAUCUUCUUCCGAGGAGUCUAAACUAUUAGGCAGCCAAAAACUGCUUCCAAUGGCCCCACAGUGGGCUCAUCCAGAAAAAAUGGAGAAAAAGCUUCAUGCUGUCCCUGCCAGUAAAACUGUCAAGUUUCGCUGUCAGGCCAGCGGCAACCCAAUACCCACACUGAAAUGGUACAAGAAUGGAAAAGAGUUCAAAAGAGACCACCGAAUUGGAGGAUUCAAGGUUCGUGACCAUGUGUGGACCAUCAUCAUGGAAUCUGUGGUUCCUUCAGACAAGGGAAACUAUACCUGUGUGGUAGAAAACCAGUAUGGGAGCAUCAACCAUACCUACCAGUUGGAUGUUGUCGAGCGCUCUCCACACAGGCCAAUCCUGCAGGCUGGCUUACCCGCUAAUCGCACUGCAGUGGUGGGCAGUGAUGUGGAGUUUGAGUGCAAAGUGUUUAGCGAUCCUCAGCCUCACAUUCAAUGGUUGAAACACAUCGAGGUCAACGGGAGCCGUGUUGGUCCAGACGGCUUACCGUUUGUUCGUGUUCUAAAGCAUUCUGGGGUCAAUAGUUCGGAUGCUCAGUUGCUGACCCUCUACAAUGUGACAGAGGAGGACAGUGGAGAGUAUAUUUGUAAAGUGUCCAAUUAUAUAGGGGAGGCCAAUCAGUCGGCCUGGCUGACUGUCACCAGAUUUGAGCCCACAGCUGUCCCACACUAUCCUCCGGCCAAUCACACCUACCUGGAGGUGGUCAUCUACUGUGUGGGCUUCUUCUUCAUCGCUGUCAUGAUUGCCAUCGUAAUUAUUGUCAAGAUACGCACCUCGUCCAAGAAGAGUGACUUCAACAGUCAGCAGGCUGUCCACAAGCUGGCUAAAAGCAUCCCUCUGCGCAGACAGGUAACAGUGUCUGUGGACUCAAGUUCCUCCAUUCACUCUGGUGUGAUGUUGGUCAGACCUUCACGCCUAUCUUCCAGUGGCUCCCCAAUGUUGUCAGGGGUGUCUGAGUAUGAACUACCCCAAGAUCCCCGCUGGGAGCUUCCACGUGAUCGGCUUGUUCUUGGGAAGCCUCUGGGCGAAGGCUGCUUUGGUCAGGUUGUGAUGGGCGAGGCCCUGGGUCUCGACAAGGAGAAGCCAAACCGUGUGACAAAAGUUGCAGUCAAAAUGUUGAAAUCUGAUGCCACGGAGAAAGAUCUUUCAGACUUAAUUUCAGAAAUGGAGAUGAUGAAGAUCAUUGGAAAACACAAGAACAUCAUAAAUCUGCUGGGAGCAUGUACACAGGAUGGUCCUUUGUAUGUGAUUGUGGAGUAUGCAUCCAAAGGCAACUUAAGAGAGUAUUUGCGUGUACGACGCCCUCCAGGCAUGGAGUACUGUUACAACCCAGACCAAGUUCCUGUAGAGAACAUGUCGAUCAAAGACCUUGUGUCCUGUGCCUACCAAGUGGCCCGAGGCAUGGAGUACCUGGCUUCCAAGAAGUGCAUCCACAGAGAUCUUGCUGCUCGUAAUGUUUUGGUCACUGACGACAAUGUGAUGAAAAUCGCUGACUUUGGCCUGGCAAGGGACAUACACCACAUCGAUUACUAUAAGAAGACCACAAAUGGGCGCUUACCAGUCAAAUGGAUGGCUCCUGAAGCACUGUUUGAUCGGAUAUACACACACCAAAGUGAUGUCUGGUCAUUUGGGGUGCUGCUUUGGGAAAUCUUCACCCUGGGAGGCUCUCCUUACCCGGGUGUACCCGUGGAAGAGCUGUUCAAGCUGCUGAAGGAAGGUCACCGCAUGGACAAACCCUCCACGUGCACUCAUGAACUAUACAUGAUGAUGAGGGACUGCUGGCAUGCAGUGCCCUCCCACAGGCCCACAUUCAAACAGCUAGUAGAGGACCUGGACCGGUGUCUGGCUAUGACAUCCAACCAGGAAUAUCUAGAGCUGUCCGUGCCCUUGGAUCAAUACUCCCCCAACUACCCUGACACUCGCAGCUCCACUUGCUCUUCUGGCGAGGACUCUGUCUUCUCCCAUGACGCAGGUGCUGAGGAGCCCUGCCUUCCAAAGCUUCCUCCCCAUUCUAAUGGAGCAGCCAUCAAGAAACGCUGAUACCUCAUCUGCAUGCAGGCAAAUAUUGACAUUUCCUCGGCUCGCUGCCUCAUGGGGUUGUGUAAUCUUUCGCUACAUUCCCAGAGAUGAAGCUAAGGACUGCUGCUGGUCGAUGAGAUGCCUCAGAGAACUUGUUGGAUCUCAUGGACUGUAGAGCACAGCCAGUUCCCGGGUCUCGGCAGAAGCUAUGUUUAUGGGGCACUUUUUUUUUUUUUUUUGCAGAACUUUGCCAUGAUGUCAGAAAAGGACAGGAAACUCGAGAACUGACUCAGAUCAUGCCAGGUCUUUUUCAUUUGACUAGGUCAUCCAGACAGCAUUGUGCUUUAUCGACCAAAUCCAGAGCAAAGACUACCAAGGCACACGCAGCACCAUUCACUAUUCUUGUAAAUACAGUGAUGAAAAUAUAAAUAUGAAUAUAUAUAUUUACACUAUACUCUUAUUUUUAUGACCAUAAUAGAUUUAUUUUCUUUUGUAUAAGGAUGCGUUAUAUAGUCUGUAGAGUUUAUCACAUGACCAUUUUUCAGCUUUAAUUCCCCUCAUUUAAUUUCUUAACUAUCAAUGGAAGAUAUAUGGAUGCAUUUUCUAUUUUUUAAACAUGCUUUUUAAUAGUAAAUCAUGCAUAUCAGUAUAACUCAAUGUUUGAGGGGGCUCUGUCAAGCAGCAGUUAGCCGUGGUGUGUGUGUAUGUGUGCAUGUAAACGUGAGCGAGAGUUUGAUUGAAACAGCAGAAUUCUAUCACAUCUCGUCCAAGGAGAGGGUCAGAGCUGUACACAUGUGGUUGUGCGUCCCACUUUUUUAGAGCCACUAUAAUUAGCUUCAGUCAACGUCAUGCACUUGCACUGUGCAUGCAUGCCUGUUGUGUGAUGAACUUACCUUCUACUGUAAAUGCUUUAACAGAGUUACAUCUGCCGCCAAAUUACUUCUGAUGAUGAAGGCUUGCAGAACACGUGUCCUCAUAAAUGGAUAACAUGAAAUAAAAUGCUUUUUACAAAAAAGAAA